GCUUUUUCUUCUUCUUCAUUUUUAGAAUCUAUAUUUAAUCAUGUCUUUAUCCAACAAACUUUCCAUCCGCGAUCUUGAUCUUAAGAACAAGCGUGUCCUUAUUCGUGUUGAUUUCAACGUCCCUCUUAACAAGGAAGGUGAGAUCACCAACAACAACCGUAUUGUUCAAGCUCUCCCUACCGUCAAGUUUGCUCUUGACCAAGGUGCUGAUGCUGUUAUUUUGAUGUCCCAUCUCGGUCGUCCCAACGGUGAAGCUGUUCAAAAGUACUCUCUUAAGCCUGUUGCUGCUGAAGUUGAAAAGCUUUUAAACAAGCCCGUUGAGUUCCUCCACGAUUGUGUUGGACCUGAUGUCGAGAAGGCUUGCCAAAGUGCCACUGGUGGUAAGGUUAUCCUUUUGGAGAAUCUCCGUUUCCAUGCUGAGGAAGAGGGUUCUCAAAAGAUUGAUGGUAAGAAGGUUAAGGCUGAUCCUGAGGCCGUCAAGAAGUUCCGUGCUUCUUUAACCUCUCUUGCUGAUGUUUACGUGAACGAUGCCUUCGGUACCGCUCAUCGUGCUCACUCUUCCAUGGUCGGUGUUGAUGUUCCUCAACGUGCCGCUGGUUUGCUUAUGCAAAAGGAACUUGAAUACUUUGCCAAGGCUCUCGAGAACCCUGCCCGUCCUUUCCUUGCCAUUCUCGGUGGUGCCAAGGUCUCCGAUAAGAUCAUGUUGAUCGAAAACAUGCUUGACAAGGUCAACUCUUUGAUUGUUUGUGGUGGUAUGGCUUUCACUUUCAAGAAGACUCUUGAUAACGUCAAGAUUGGUACUUCUCUCUUUGAUGAAGAUGGUUCCAAGUUGGUUGCUGAUCUUAUGAAGAAGGCUGAGGCCAAGAACGUCAAGAUUGUUUUCCCUGUUGAUUUCGUCACUGCCGAUAAGUUCGCUCCUGAUGCCAAGACUGGUUAUGCCACUGAUGCCACUGGUAUCCCUGAUGAAUGGAUGGGUCUUGAUUGUGGUGAGGAAUCUAUCAAGCUUUUCCGUGACGAAAUCUUAAAGGCUAAGACUAUUGUCUGGAACGGUCCUUCCGGUGUCUUUGAGUUUGAUGCCUUUGCCAACGGUACCAAGCAAACCCUUAACGCCGUUGUUGAGGCCACUAACAAUGGUGCUACCACCAUCAUUGGUGGUGGUGAUACCGCCACUGCUGCCCUCAAGUGGGGUGCCGGUGAAAAGGUCUCUCACAUCUCCACCGGUGGUGGUGCCUCUCUCGAACUUCUCGAGGGUAAGGAACUUCCUGGUGUCACUGCUCUUUCCAGCAAGAACUAAAUUGUUUUCAUAUCUCACAAAAAAAAAAUUGAAUUGCAUGUAUCAUUUUAAAAAAAUAAAUUCAUUUGUUAAAUAAUUAUUACUAUAU